AUGCUGCACCAUGGGAAGCACUGGAAGUCCAUGUGCAAGGGGCUCGUCCUGGGGACCCUCCUGACCAGCUUCAUGCUGCUGCUCUACUCCUAUGCUGUCCCCCCACUGCAAGUCAGCGUGACAGAGAUCCCUGUGUCCCCCUCCUGCUCCUCCCACCCACGCCCCGGCAAGGCACCAGCGGUGGCCAACGGCACGGGCAGCCCCUCGGGACGGAGCUGCCUGCCCAAGCUGAACGUCAUGUUCAUGAAGACUCACAAGACAGCCAGCAGCACCAUCCUCAACAUCCUCUUCCGCUUCGGGGAGAAGCAUCGCUUAAAAUUCGCCUUCCCCAACGGCCGCAACGACUUUUACUACCCCUCCUUCUUCGAGCGCAGCCAGGUGCAGCACUACCGGCCGGGCGCGUGCUUCAACAUCAUCUGCAACCACAUGCGCUUCCGCUACGAGGAGGUGCGCCAGCUGCUGCCGGCGGACGCCACCUUUGUGACGGUGCUGCGGGACCCUGCCUACCUCUUUGAGUCCUCGUUCCACUACUUUGGGCGCGUCAUCCCCCUCACCUGGAAGCUGACGGGGGAUGACAAGCUGGCAGAGUUCCUCCGGGACCCCUGGCACUACUACGACCCCGACGGGUUCAACGCUCACUACCUCCAAAACCUCCUCUUCUUUGACCUGGGCUACGACAACAACAUGAACGCCAACAGCCCGCUGGUGGAGGAGCACAUCCGGGAGAUAGACCACCGUUUCCACCUCGUCAUGUUGCUCGAGUACUUCGACGAGUCCCUGGUGCUGCUGAAGGACCUGCUGUGCUGGCAGCUGGAGGAUGUCCUCUACUUCAAGCUCAACGCCCGGAAAGGCUCCACCGUCUCCCGGCUCACACCGGAGCUCUAUGAGAAAGCCACCUCCUGGAACCUCAUUGAUGCCAAGCUCUACCGCUAUUUUAAUGCCACCUUCUGGCGUAAGGUGGAGGCUUACGGGAGGGAGCGGAUGGCCGCGGACGUGGCCGAGCUGCAGCGGGAGAAUGAGAAGAUGAAGAGCAUCUGCAUCGACGGGGGACAUCCCGUGGACGCCAGCGCCAUCCAGGAGUCCUCCAUGCAACCCUGGCAGCCGCUGGGCGAGAAGUCCAUCCUGGGCUACAACUUGAAGAAGAAGAUCAACAAGAAGCACCGGAAGCUGUGCCGCAAGAUGCUGACGCCGGAAAUACAGUACCUGACAGACCUGGGGGUCAACCUCUGGAUCACCAAGCUCUGGAGCUACGUGAGGGACUUCCUGAAGUGGUAG